AAUAGGAAAGGUCGGGAAUCAGAAGCGAGUUGUCGGUGUGUUGCUGGGCUCUUGGCAGAAGAAAAUAUUAGAUGUAUCCAACAGUUUUGCAGUUCCCUUUGAUGAGGAUGAUAAAGAUGACAGUGUUUGGUUUCUAGACCAUGAUUACCUGGAGAACAUGUAUGGAAUGUUUAAAAAAGUCAAUGCUAGUGAAAGAAUAGUUGGAUGGUACCACACAGGCCCCAAACUACACAAGAAUGACAUUGCCAUCAAUGAACUGAUGAAAAGAUACUGUCCUAACUCUGUAUUGGUAAUUAUUGAUGUAAAGCCAAAGGACCUGGGGCUGCCCACAGAAGCUUAUAUUUCAGUUGAAGAAGUUCACGAUGAUGGCACUCCAACCUCCAAGACAUUUGAACAUGUGACCAGUGAAAUUGGAGCCGAGGAAGCGGAGGAAGUUGGUGUUGAACACUUGUUACGAGAUAUUAAGGACACAACAGUGGGCACUCUGUCCCAGCGCAUCACAAACCAGGUCCAUGGUUUGAAGGGACUGAACUCCAAGCUUCUGGACAUCAGGAGCUACCUAGAGAAAGUGGCCAUGGGCAAACUACCCAUCAAUCACCAGAUCAUCUACCACCUUCAAGAUGUCUUUAACCUGCUGCCAGAUGUCAACCUGCAAGAGUUCGUCAAGGCCUUUUACCUGAAGACCAAUGACCAGAUGGUGGUAGUCUACUUGGCUUCUCUUAUCCGGUCUGUGGUUGCCCUGCACAACCUCAUUAACAACAAGAUUGCCAACCGGGAUGCAGAAAAGAAAGAAGGGCAGGAGAAAGAGGAAAGCAAAAAGGAGAGGAAAGAUGAGAAGGAGAAAGACAAGGAGAAGAGCGAUGCCAAGAAAGAGGAGAAAAAGGAGAAAAAAUGAAAUGUGUAGUUUUUUAUUUGUAAAUUAAAAUCUUGUAAACUAAAAUCACUGUGCUGCUAGAGGGUUCUUUUCACCUGUUGAAGUGACUGGGCAGUUCUCUAUUCUUGCCUGUUCUGGGAGGCACUCUCAUGUGCACUUCCCUUGCUUCUGCAUCCGACAGGCAUAUAGCCGAAUAGAGUGGGGAGAGGGAACUUGCUCUACACAGACUGGCAGCUACAGCAAGAAGCAGGCAGCCUUACUCUUAGGAGGGCCUGUCUGUUCAGUCCUUAGCACUGGAGGGAAGGAGGGGGGAGGCAAAGGCGAGGUCACCAACUGCCGCUUUUUCCAUUCUUUACCAAUGGAAAAGGCCUGCAUCCCAAGAUGCUCUUCUGUCUCCGUUUCGCAUGGCUUUGGUCUAAAAGUUAUUUGAAGUUUAUACUAUAUGGUCUGUAAAACUGCUAAACUGAAUGCAUGACGCCUGCACCUGUGCUGCCACUGCUUGCCAUCUUAACGUUCUUCUGGCACUUGAUCCUGCUCCGAGGGCUCUGCGCAGAGGAUGAAUUUACCUGCCCCAUCUGUUGCUCAGGAGACCUUGAGGUUGGGCCUUCUAUAUUGUUUAUUUUCAAAGAGAUGAUUAAAUGGUUUGGUUUGUAA